AUGGAAACUGAAAUUGCUAUAUCGGGGCCGAUUCCACCUAAGAACCCGUAUAUGUUUGAGCCGGAUCGGGAGAUGAUCUUGCCGGUAACCCCCUCCUUCAUGCCCAACAACUUGUCCGUUAAUUAUUUUGAGCCCAAGUUUACUACUUACGCUUGUUAUUGCAGUAAGAAUAUUGUAAGUUUCGUGUCAAAGUACUGCUCAUUCUUAAAUCUACCAAAACUUGAACUUGUCCUAGGUACAAGUUAUCUCAUGGGACAUGCAUAUGGAGAACGUUACCAUGGAUUCUUUGCCAUUGAAAGAAAGCGGGAAAGAAAAGCCACUUACUGUAAUGCAAUGUAAAAUAUGCACACCCGCUAAUAGACUGUUCCCUGUGUUGGUAGUGGCUACGGUUACCAAUGUGAUGGUGCGUAAACCGUCGUUUUUUACGUUUUUUUAGAUUUUCGAAAUAAGAAAUCUUAAGAUUCUGGCGAGCACACCAUUGGUUAAUGUAAGUUGUUUUAUCGGAAGAAUGGAUUUGAUGUUUUUUCAUAUUGUUUAGGUUGAUGAAGGCUCAAACCCAUCUGUUAAUGUCCCCUAUAAGUUUGCACGAGGAAUAACUUGUGUGGAUAACAUGAUUAUUAUAGGUAGGCCAUAAUUAAACACAACGAUGUCAUCCUGAAAUUUCAGGGAGUUUUACUGGGGAUCUUCUAGUGUUUUCGUGUAAUGGAGAGUCCAGUUUUAACGUGAAGACCUGCACAAUUGAACACAGAGCCCCAAUCGCUGACUUAGCCACUUGUGUUUAUGACUUGAUUACAGUUUCCGCAGAUUCUUUGGGGAAUCUGGUUGUUUGGGCGAAGAAUAUGAAGACAAUCAUCAAGCGAAUUAGUACAGAGUAAGGAUUUGGGCGUCUCAUUUCAUGUCUGAUACCUUACAUAUUCUAGGCAACAGAUAACGGCGGUAAACAUCCUGAGAAAACAAAUCUUUUGUGGAAAUUUUCAUGGCCAAGUUCUUGUUUAUUCGAUCCAAACAGGUGUCCAAUUGGCUGAACUCAACAUCCACAGUCGUCAGAUCACAUCGAUCGCUGUUGCACCAGAGUCUGCUUAUGUAAUUUUUGAAUCCCGACUAAUCUUUAAUACAUUACUUUCAGAUACUCACAGCAAGCGAAGAUUGUUACGUCCGCGUGUGGAAGUUGCAUUCAAGGAAGCCUGACAAUUAUCGAAUUGAGUACCGAUAUCAAGACAAGACAGACAACAUGGCGAUAGUUGGUGCCCAGUUCUUAAACGGAAGAGGGAAUGGAUAUGUUUUGGCCCUUUUCGAACAUACUAAAUUACCUAUUUUUGUGAUAAGAAGAACACCCAUUGAACAGAAUAAUUAG